AUUAAUUUAUGUAAACUUAAUUACAUUGUCGCUCCUACAUGCGGCAACACUUGAUGUUUUCAAAAAAUCCUCACCAUUCAUCACACCAUCAAAAUCAUAUGAUCCAUGUUAUGACGAGGAUAGACCGAUGCGAUGUCUGCCAGAUUUUGUGAAUGCAGCAUUUGGUCUACCGAUUUCUGCAUCCUCAACAUGUGGUCUAAAUGGACCAGUUAAAGUUUGUGAUAAUCCAACAAAUUUUAAGAGUGAAUCUCCUGUGUGUAAUUUAUGCGAUAAUUCAAGUCCUAAAAAUAGAUUUCCAGCCUCUGCAUUAUCUGAUAUAAAUAAUAGUCAAAAUAUAACAUGCUGGCGGAGUGAGCCCGCACCAGUAUCGACGAGUAUUGAUGCGCCUCCUGACAAUGUGACAUUGACAUUAUCAUUGGGGAAAAAGUACGAAUUGACAUAUGUGAGCUUGGUAUUCUGUCCACGUUCCAUAAAGCCAGACUCAUUAGCCAUUUAUAAAAGUACUGACUAUGGGAAAACGUGGCAACCGUUUCAAUAUUAUAGCACGCAAUGUCGACGAUUUUAUGGACGUCCUAAUCGUGCGUCAAUAACAAAGAAUAAUGAACAGGAGGCUUUAUGUACCGAUAGUCAUUUGUACAAUAAGGAUACGACAACGUUACAAGGCUCGCGUAUUGCUUUCAGCACAUUAGAAGGACGACCGUCAGCUGCUGAGUUUGAUACAUCAACAAUACUUCAAGAUUGGGUUACAGCAACAGAUAUUCGAGUUAUUUUUCAUCGUCAACAAGUUCCACUGCAACAACAGCUUGAGGAAAAUGUUCACCAAAGUGGCGACGAUGAUGAUAUUGAAGAUGACGAUGAUGACGAGGAUGAUGAUAUUGUCUAUACGGAAUCGUCAAGUACCAAAUCAAUAAAACCCGUACUUCCUAAAUAUGAUACGAAAGAUGACGACUCAUAUGAUGACAAUCAAUUGGAUAUGUCAACAUUAUUAACAACAUCAUCGUACAAUGAAAAUAAUAAUAAUAACAAUGGACAGCUGAUGAUGCAUUAUGCACUUUCCGAUUUUUCCGUUGGUGGUCGAUGUAAAUGCAAUGGACAUGCAUCACGCUGUGUGCGAGGUGUUGAUGGUCAAAUGGAGUGCGAAUGUAAACAUAAUACUGCGGGACGGGACUGUGAAAAAUGCAAAUUAUUUUAUUUUGAUCGACCAUGGGCACGAGCCUCGUCACGUGAUUCAAAUGAGUGUAAAGCUUGUGAAUGCAAUGGACAUGCGAGACAAUGCCGCUUCAAUAUGGAACUAUACAAACUCUCAGGUCGCGUCUCUGGUGGAGUAUGUGUUGGAUGUCGACAUGCAACAACAGGACGACAUUGCCAUUAUUGUCGAGAAGGCUUUUAUCGUGAUCCAACGAAGCCAAUUGCACAUAAAAAGGCAUGCAAACCAUGUGAUUGUCAUCCGAUUGGAUCAUCAGGCAAGACGUGCAAUCAUACAUCAGGACAAUGCACUUGCAAGGAUGGUGUAACCGGGUUAACAUGCAAUCGAUGUGCUCGAGGAUAUCAGCAAAGCCAUUCACAUGUCGCUCCGUGCAUUAAAAUUCCACGAGUAAUAAAUGCAAUGAUGACACAGAACGAAGCUCCCGAGCAACCAAAUGAAGAUCCAACUUAUGAACGCUAUCAGUCGAGCGAGCAGAAAGAAUGUGGCCAGUGUCGAGUCAACUCGAAGAAACUUAGUCAAAAUAAGUUUUGCAAACGUGACUAUGCAAUCAUGGCUAAAGUUAUAGCUCGAGAGGUUGUUUCAUCAUCGAAGAAAUCCUCGGAGGAUCAAGGCAAAUCUGAAUCGGUGAAGUUUACAUUACAAGUGAAGACAGUAUUCCGUAAAACUGAGGAUAGCGUUGUAAAUGCAAUGAAUAAGAAGCAGAACGUGUCACUUUAUGUCUACUCGAGGGAUCUUGACUGCAAAUGUCCUAAAAUUAAAGUUAAAAAAUCAUAUCUCAUCCUUGGAAACGACGACGAAAAUCCAUCAAACAGUCUCGGAAUCAGCGAUAGUUCAAUUGUUAUUGAAUGGCGUGACGAAUGGUACCGUCGCUUAAGGAAAUAUCAACGACAGUCGUGUGAUUAAGUGUAUGUUAAUCUCUUUUAUUUAAUUUUAAUUAUACUUAAUACAGUUAUAAUCUAUAUUUUUAUCAACAUUGAAUGUUGUUAAGUAUGAUGAAGAUUUUUCUAAUAAAAAGAGAUGAAUAAUAGCAGAUUGAUAAGAAAUUGUCUAAAAUAUUGUAAAACAUGCCAAAAAAAAGAGAAGAAAAAGUUGCAAAAAAAAAGUUUGAAAAAUUAUGUUAAUGACGAUAAUAAUAAAAUUGAUGAUGAUGAUGCUGUAGAGUCGUGCUAACAAACAUUAAAAGUGAGGAACUAGAAGAAAAAAAGAGCAUAAUUCAUAAGAAAUGAAGAAGAUUUCUUAAUAAACAAAUUACAUUUAAAUGCUCGAAGCAAUUUCGGUUGAAUAAUGUUUCUUGGUUUGAUAUGAAGUAUGACACGCUCAAAAGUUUCUCUCAAUAAUUUACAGUUGAGGUUGAAGGAGAAACAUUAUCAAAGAAAGUAAUUUAUAGCAUGUUUCUGCUAUGUACUCAAAGGAUGAGUCACUGAAUUCCUUAGUUUGCAAAUGUCAUGUAUUGCAAGGGUCAGGAGUGGAUGUCAUCUUAAACAAAUGAGGAUCAUGAUAUCCCCUGAUUCCAAUUGAUAAUCCAUCCACAAUCUCAACAGCAUCCUUUUAUUUGCUGAUCGUACCAAGCUUCAUACCCUUUUGACUUCAUUAUCUCUUGCGUCAUUUUCUUCAAUCAAAAAUGUUAGCAACAUCCUCAAGCAAUGUCAAACUACAGUAAAAGACAUCAACUAAGAUAUGCUGCUGAAGAGGAUAAGAAAUGACGAAUAUAAAUGAAGAUACGAUUCGAAAAAUUACAGUAAACUAAGCACAGCUUGAGUUAAAGUGUGAGAAUUUCUAAUUCAUCGCUGGUGUCAUAUUCCAUCCUUUGCCUCAUUAUCCAUUCAUACAACUCUGUAGCAGAGAUUAUGAACUUUAAAUUGUUCGAGAAAAAUAAACGACAUGACUUAUGGGGAUGUGUGGAUGGAGAAGUGAUGAAUAUAAUAUGAAAAAUCACUUUGAAUUAAAGUUUUAAGUACGGGAAUGAAAAAUUUGUCUUGAAAAAUGCGGGCUUAUUCUUCCUAUAUAAAGAAUUAUUUCAGAGAUUUUCUUGCCACUAAGACAGCAUUUUAAUUAAAUUAAAACUUGAUAUUUCAUCCCUACUCGAACUACCAUCAUUGUCGUUUUUGUCGUCAUAGCAUAUUUUUCCAUUCCUUCCUUCUUAUAAAAAAUGUCACAAACAGUAUUCGAACAUGAAAUAUGAAAUAAUUGUUACAUAACAAAUGAAAAUGUUUUUGCUAUGUCUUGAUUAUUUGUUGAACAAAGAGCACAAGAGGGUUUUUUAGGGAUUAAGAAAUUCAAUCAAAAUAAUUAAAAAAUUUAUUUUCAUUACUCAUUAUUUGCCUACAUUUGUGUACCUUUAAGUUCUGUCUAUGUUUUAUUUGAGUAUAUUUAAUUUAAUUAAUUAUUUUAACACCGAGUGAUGAAGGGUUUUGGGUGGAAGAUUGUAUGGCUGGGUAUUUUUGUUCCUUUAGAUGCUGCAGACUCUUUCAAUAACUUGAUUUUUGGAAAUAAAAAAAAUUUAAAGUCUGACAUUGAUCCUCGCCCCUAAUUCAUCCAAUAGUUAAAUCAACUAAAGUUCGGUAAUGCAAUUUCAAAAAGAAAGUCCAAACCUUCAUGAAAUCUACAAGAUAGCCCACCAAUCACUCAACAACCUUGCAUCACUAGGUCUUAAUUUAAUUCCAUAUCAUCCGAUAUGAAUCUAAUCAGGAAUUAUGAAAAGACAGAGAGGAAACUUUUGUGACAGAAACUUUAAGCAAAUCCAUAAAAACUUAAAUAAGAAAUAAAAAUUCUCAGCACAUCCAAACUCACAUACAAGUGGAACUAAAAAAAAUCUAGUCGACAUCUUCCAAAUAAGUUGCAACAUACAAGACAGAUAAAAAAAAAGAACUCUUAAGUGACACUUUUUGCAAGCACAAGCAGGCACAAUGUGAAACAAUUUUAUUCAACAUUUUCUCUUCCUGGGGUAAAGAGUGAGACACAAAAAAAAGUAAGAGCAUAAGCAUAUACCAGCAUGACGAAAAUUAUAAUUAAGUUUCAAGACACGCAGACACAUAGCUGCCACAUAUCAGUUUUUAAUUGCAUAUAGUUGAAUGUAAAUAAUCAUAGCAUCGAAAGCUUCUCUUUUGUAUGCAUCUCGACAUUAUUCCACUCAAUUCUAAACAUGCAGAGGCUUUUCUGAAAGUCAACUACAAUGGCUUAUUCUUCCUUUAGAAGCACAUCCUUCCGUUAAAUGAUGUUUAUGAACAUGACAUGAGUGAGAAAUGUUCGUCUGUAUGCAGCAAUUUAAAAUUAAUUUUGUGUUAUGGUUGCGAGAAAUAGGUUUAUUCACUUUGCAGGUUUUUAUGCGAUAAUUAUGGGAUUUUCAUUGUGUUGAUGAUUCCUUCUUUUUUGUGUGAUUUUGAGUGAUGAAUGAAUUUGAAUUAGAGGAACAAGCUCAUGCUAGACACUUUCAUAAGACUAGUUUUUAGCAGUGUUUAUUUUGGAUUAUUAUAAUAUCUGGUAUGAAGAACUAGAUUGUCAUGUUACCUUAAAUUCAAUGGGCCUAACUAGAGGCCUAAGGCUAAAAUGUUCUUAGCUAACCUAAAAAGUUUAAGGAAUUUAUUGAAAUCUUGAUGCUCUUCAUUUCUACAAUAGCAACUAGUAAGGAAGUUUUCUGACUACACCCAUCAUUCAUAUUUAUCCCCCAACUUUCUCAAAAGUGAAUAAACCUUGCACUUCCUCCACAUUUCUCUUUAUGGUAAUUUUUCAUUUCAUCAUAAAUCCUUUUGUUAAUUUUUUCCAUGUUGUGUAUUUGAAGGAAAAGCAAUUAAAAUAAGAGAGUGAAAAAUCACAAAAGGAAAAAGCAGAGGAAACGAGAAAAUUCAGUAAGAAUGAUAAAGGAAUCGAGAUGUGAAUAUCAAAAUAGUUCUCAUUCACAAUUUACUGUUCUCCUCCGUCGCUGGUGCUUUUGUGACUUUUUGAGAUGAAAACAACGCGGUUUUGUUUUCUCUUUUGAGGAAAAGCAUGAAAAAUUGAUUUUUCUUUUAUGAAAAUUUCUCGGUGCUAAUGAAAAUGGAAAAUGCAGAAAAGAAUUUUUUUUUCGCAAUUGAAGUAAUUGCAAUUGAAACUUUAUGUGUUUUAUGCAGCGUGCAUAUAAAUUUUAUUGCUUUUCUUCUUUCUUCCAACUUUAUUUUUCUUUUUUCAUUAUUGCCGCAUCGCAGUCAAUGACAUUUUUUUUCUCCUCUUCCUCUAUGUUACUUUAGCAAUUGUAUUAACAGAAAAAGGAUCGUAAUUGAUUUAGUUGCUAUAAAAAUUCUCAUUCCUUUGCAUUUUUCUUUAAUAAAUUGAAUCAAUUAUGAAAGCUUUUGCUGUUGCUACUUGCUUAUUUGACACAGAACCAACUUUAUGUAUGAGAGAAUGUAAUAAUGGAAGCAUUUUACCAUGUCAGAAUAUUGAUUAAAAUUUUUUUUCUUGCCUCCAGAGACUUUUUUUUGCUAUGGCAAACAGAACUCAUGCUAAAGCUAAGGUUUGUUGAAAUUUUGUAAAUGGUGAAAUGUUCUAGAGUUGCCAGUGGCUAUUAAUUUUGAUGGCUGACUGUGAAUGAGAUUAUAUUGAAUGAAAUGACUGAUUUGAUCAGACUAAGUCGAUCCUUAAUCCAGAUGUUUAAAAAAAAAAAUUUGAAUUGAGAGUGCCUGAUAAUCUGUACAUCGAAGGAGGAGCUAGGUGUAGGUAGGUAGCAAGGACGGGAAAUUUGUCUUGAGAGCCACAAAAAGCACCAAAAAUCUCGUUCAAAGUUGCGCAAGGUUUUGAUAUGGUGCUGGUGCCAACAACACUAACGCACUGUUUAAAUCGAAUACAUGAGGAAUAAAUAAUUAAAACUUCUCGUCUGUCCAAAAUCGCCUAAUCUUCAUCAAUUCGAGUUGGCUCUUAAACUUGCCUCCUUUCUAUUGCAUUUAAGGGAGAGAAAAUGUUGCCAACAAAUCAUCGUCCAUUAAUAUUGCUCGAAGGUACGUAGUUAAAAAGGGGAAUAAAAGCCGUUCACACAAAAAAAAAACCAAAAAUUAUAUUGAAAGUUUAUGAAAUGAAAAACUUUUCAAUAGCAAAUUAAAAAUUGAACAGUAAAUAAUUGAAAUAUCACAAAAAAAAGUUGUAUAGUCUUUUAUUGUAAAAUAUUUGCCAAUUAUUAUGAAAUUUUAUGUAAAAAUCAUGAAUAUUUUACUGUAUUUUUCAAUUAUAAAGAAAAGCAGCAAUGAGAAAAAAAAAUUAAAAUCGAGAGUAGGAGGUUGUAGUUUAAGUUUUAAAUUUAAUAUAAUGUUGAUAUGAGAAAAAUGGAUAUUUAUUGCUAUAUUAAUUAAUUUUUUUUUGUAACAUAAUAGAACUUCAUGUUUAGGUUUAUUGCAUAAAAGCUGAGAAUGUUAUGAACGAGAACACAAAAAAUUAAUUUAUACGAAAAACAAAUUUUUAUUUAUGAACUUUUCCUCUUUUAUUUUGCUAAAAGUGAAAAAUGAAGCAUUUUCAGAAAGUUAAAUAA